AUAAAGAAAGUGGUCUCCAACCAACACCAACCCCUCUCUCUCUUCCUCUCUCUCAUCUUUAUAUUAAUCUUUCCACACUCUUCACAGAUUCAGGGCUCAUUCGAAGUUCAAGCUCUGAGUCCCUUUGUCUUUUUAUCUAUCUGCUCUCUCAAACCCAAGAAGCCCUUGUGUUUUUAUAACACAGAAAAUUGGUAUAUUUGGUAUAAUUUUGAUUUGAUAUAUUGGAAUAUUUGCCGCAAUGGCGUCUCCUCCAGAUACAAGCAAGACCAUAAAGCUUGAGCGCUACAACAGCUACCUCCGCAGAGUCAACAGCACCAAGCUCCUCAACGCCUCCUCCAAGCUCCUCUUCCGAGCCACCCUCCUCGUCGCCCUCGUCCUCAUCUUCUUCUUCACCAUCAAUUACCCUCCCCUCUCAGACCAUAUGGGCGGCGGGGCCCACCACGUCCACACCACCCAUAAUUUCCUCUCCUCUGCUUUUUACGGCGGAGGAGUGGGCGGGACCGCCUGGGAGAAGCAGGUGCGUCAUUCGUCUACUCCCAAGCGGCCCAACGGUAUGUCUGUUCUGGUAACAGGUGCUGCCGGGUUUGUCGGGACCCACUGCUCGCUCGCCCUGAAGAAACGGGGAGACGGAGUUCUGGGCCUCGACAACUUCAACUCCUACUACGACCCGUCGUUGAAGCGGGCCCGGCAGGCCCUGCUGAAGAGGCACGAGGUUUUCGUCGUGGAGGGGGACCUAAACGACGAGCCGCUGCUGACGAAGCUCUUUGAUGUCGUCCCUUUCACUCACAUCCUACACUUGGCCGCGCAGGCGGGCGUACGGUACGCUAUGCAGAACCCGCAGUCUUACGUGAGCUCCAACAUUGCCGGAUUCGUAAACCUUCUGGAAGUAGCGAAGAGAGCAAAUCCUCAGCCGUCGAUUGUCUGGGCGUCGUCCAGCUCGGUUUACGGACUCAACACAGAAAACCCAUUUUCGGAGCUCCACAGAACAGACCAACCGGCCAGCCUGUACGCCGCGACAAAAAAAGCCGGUGAGGAAAUUGCCCACACAUACAAUCAUAUUUACGGCCUCGCCCUAACCGGGUUGCGGUUCUUCACCGUAUACGGUCCAUGGGGCCGACCCGACAUGGCCUACUUCUUUUUCACCAAGGACAUACUGCAAGGCAAGCCAAUCGACGUGUACAAAACAGUGGACGACAAGGAAGUGGCACGUGAUUUCACUUACAUAGACGACGUCGUAAAGGGGUGCCUAGGGGCACUGGACACAGCGGAAAAAAGCACGGGCAGCGGGGGCAAAAAGAAAGGGCCUGCCCAGCUGAGAAUUUACAAUUUGGGCAACACGUCCCCCGUCCCCGUGGGGAAAUUGGUUUCGAUUUUGGAGGGCCUUUUGGGUACAAAAGCUAAGAAGCACGUGAUCAAGAUGCCUAGAAAUGGGGACGUUCCCUACACUCACGCCAAUGUGAGCCUGGCGUACAAGGACUUCGGGUACAAGCCCACCACGGAUUUGGCCUCCGGGUUGAGAAAGUUCGUCAAGUGGUACGUGAGUUAUUACGGGAUUGAUACGAGGGUAAAAAGGGAAAUGGAUAUUAACAAGAAGAGCAGUCAGCAAACCGAAGAAUCCGGUUGAUUAAAUCAUCACCGUCAAUCAUCAUCAUCACUGAUCACAUGGCCUUUCUCUCUCUUCCUCUUCUUAAAUUUUUUGUUGAAUUAAAUUCUGUUUUUUUUUUUUUUUGUUCUUGUAAGUUAUUGUUGUGUGGUCCUUGAUGUACUGGAUCCAAGCUGUUCUUGAUGUAUCAUAUAGAUAUAUAAAAAAAAAAUGUCAUAUAGAAGAAGAAGAAGAUAAAUGUUAGGAAAGAGAAACAGAGGGAAAUGGGGAAGCAGAGAGAAGGUGGUGUAGAUCUGGAAAACAUGGGGGGAGGAAGGGGAAGUUGUAAUAAUUUAUGGUGGGGUCUACUAGAAAGGAUGUAGAUCUCAGCCUUUGGAUUGGUAUAAAGAAAUUUGUGAUUGUAACAACAAACAAUGACAUCAAGAAUCUUCUUUGCCUUUGCUUCCUUGUUA